CCUAGUCAGUCACUGCACAACCGCCUUACCGUACGUUCGGGCGCGCGCGCCGGUUUUUAUAAUUUUUCUCUUGUGUCCGCUUCCAAGCCAUUAUUAUUAUAAUAUUAUUAUUAUUUUCUCCACUCCGCUCUCGUUGUGAAUCGAAAAUAAAUUAUAUCUCUAUGCGUUUAUUCAUUUGGCUGAGGGAUCGCAUAUUUAUUAAAUCAUAAUAAUUCCGUUUCGACGCAUCGUGUUUUCGUUUUUCGGUGUGUGCGUGCGCGGUGUGUUUAGUGUUUUUUUUUUUUAAAUAUUUUUAUAAAGGUUUUAAUAUUUUUAUCCUACCCCGUUGGUUCGCUUGUUCGUGCAAAGUGCGUAAAUUCUGUGCUCGUUCCGUUGCAACCGUUUUUUUGUAUAGAUUUUUGUGAGUUUUCGCGGUGAUAUUAUAUCUAUAAUCGUUAUAUUCUCAGUGCGCCGAAAAUUCAAUCUCAUCGCGUGUGGUUGUUAUUUUAGUAAGAUUACUGUGCGGUCGCAGCACACUGUACACUGUUGGAUACGCACUCGCUUAUUUUUGGAUUAAUACAAAUAUUACAACGACGACCCAUCGUCGUCCACGGGAAUCGACAUUGCAGGAUACAGGUGGCCGACGAUGCGGUGGUAUUAGAACGACGGCGAUGGGCCUGCCGCGAUGGUUGUGCCUGUUGGCGGCAGUGGCCGUGGUGGCCGGCGAACACGAACGGCACCUGGACGUGUCCGAGUCUGCGCCGGUCGGCACCCGGAUCGGUUUCAUCGGCGACGGGUCCAAGGACAGCGGGCCGCCGUACCUGAUCGUGCCAGUGCCGGGCAGCGCGGUAGACACGGACCUGAUAGCGGAACAGAACACGGGCGAGAUCAGGACGCGGGUGCCGUUGGACAGGGAGGCGCGGGCGUCGUACACGCUGGUGGCGAUACCGUUGAGCGGCGAGAACGUGCGCGUGGUGGUGCGCGUGAUCGACGAGAACGACAAUGCGCCCACGUUCCCCAGCCCGUCGAUGCACGUCGAGUUCCCGGAGAACACGCCGCGGGACACGAAACGGACGCUGAACCCAGCGCGGGACCUGGACCUGGGCCCGUACAACACGCAGCGGUACGCGAUCGUGUCCGGUAACGUGAACAACGCGUUCAGGCUGUCGUCGCACCGCGAGAAGGAUGACGUACUAUACUUGGACUUGCAGAUCAACGGUUACCUGGACCGGGAGACGACGGCCGCCUAUCACCUGGUGAUCGAGGCGUACGACGGCGGUCUGCCUCCGCUCAAGGGUGCCAUGACGGUCAACGUGACGGUGCUUGACGUAAACGACAACCAACCAGCGUUCAACCAGAGCCGGUACUACGCGACCGUACCGGAGAACGCGACCGUGUCGACUAGCAUACUGCAGGUGCACGCCACCGAUGUGGACGACGGCGACAACGGCGUGGUCGAGUACUCCAUCAGCCGGCGGCAGAGUGACAAGGAGGGCUACUUCACUGUGGACAGACAGACGGGCGUGAUAUCGGUCAACCGGCCGCUGGACUACGAGACGCGUGAGGUGCACGAACUGGUGGUGGUGGCCAAGGACCGGGGCGACCAGCCACUGGAGACGACGACGUUCGUCACGGUGCGCGUGGCCGACGUCAACGACAACCAACCCGACAUCAACGUGAUAUUCCUGAGCGACGACGCGACGCCGAAGAUCUCGGAACGCGCGCAGCCCGGCGAGUUCGUCGCCCGCAUUUCCGUCCACGAUCCCGACUCGAAGCAGGAAUACUCGAACGUGAACGUAACGCUGCAGGGCGGCGACGGCCACUUCGGGCUGACCACGCAGGACAACAUUAUCUACCUGGUUAUCGUGGCGCUACCGCUUGACCGCGAGUCGCGGCCCAACUACACAUUGAGCGUGAUCGCCACUGACGCGGGCAGCCCGCCGUUGCACGCGUCAAAGACGUUCCAUCUGCUGGUGACGGACGUCAACGACAACCGUCCGGUGUUCGCCGCACCGGAGUACUGGGCCAGCGUGUCCGAGACGGCCGAGCCGGGCACGUCCGUGGCCCGGGUGCUGGCCACCGACGAGGACGAGGGCGACAACGCGGCGCUCACGUACAAGAUGCGUGACCCGCCGCCGCUGUGGUUCCAGGUGGAUCCACUAACCGGUGUGGUGGUCACUCGGGACCGAAUGGACUGCGAGCGCGACCCCGAACCCACGUUCGUCGUGCUGGCCAUCGACAACGGCCGGCCGCAACAGCUGACCGGUACCACUACCGUACACGUGACCAUACACGACCUCAACGACAACGAGCCGAUAUUCGACCAGAGCUUCUACAACGUGGACGUUUCCGAAGAUAGAGCCGUCGGAUCGUGCGUCCUCAAGGUGUCGGCUUCGGAUCCGGAUUGCGGCGUCAAUUCCAUGGUGAACUUCACGCUGUCCGAAAACAGUGGACCGUUUUCCAUUAAAUCGGCGACCGGUGAAAUAUGUCUGACCAGACAGUUGGACUACGAAACCCGGAAGCUGUACGAGUUUCCGGUGGUGGCAACCGACAGGGGUGGACUGAGCACGAGUGCCGUGGUCAAAGUGGACGUGCAGGACGUCAACGACAACUGGCCCGUUUUCUCACCCUCCGAAUACAACGUGUCCAUCGUGUGGAGCCCCGCCGAGCAAGGACCCAUUGUCACGGUCCGGGCAAAGGAUGCGGAUUCCGGAUCUUUCGGCGUAGUUUCCUACUAUAUGAUAUCGGCAAAAGGACCCGACAGCGAGGACUCGGAGACGUCGUUCCGGUUGGACGGCAACACUGGCGAGAUAUGGGCAGCGCAAUUGCGGUCGGGAGUCUACAGGCUGUUGGUGGCCGCCAGGGAUGGCAGUGGUUACGAGGCCGCUCAAGUGGCCAGAGUCCGAAUCGCCGUGUUGGCCGCAGACCCGUCCAAACCGUAUGCCGUGUUCAUCAAGUCGCAGUAUUCGUUCACGGUGCCGGAGGACGCGCCGGUGGGCACGGCCGUCGGCACUGUUUCGGUGUCGCCCAAUCAGUCAGGUUUGGACGAUUCGGAAUCUCUGAGGUACGCCAUACAUUCGGACGAGGCGAACGGAUAUUUCGCCAUAGACCCGGUAAAAGGAGCAAUCAAAACAACAGCCGUGUUGGAUCACGAAUCAUUCGAAUCGGUUCUACUCAACGUCAAAGCCUACUCGGCGACGAACAAAUAUUACGGAGCGCACACUCAAGUGAACAUAAUAAUCGAAGACAGAAACGACAACUCGCCGCAUUUUGAUUCGAGUUCGGUGAGAAUCGCUGUACCGGAAAAUGUAGCGACGGGAUCUCCGAUAUACACGGCACACGCGACCGACCCGGAUUCCGGGGCCAACGGACAGGUUCACUACGAGCUGAUUGCCUCCACACAGGAACCGUCGUACUUCCAGGUAGACCACAACCGUGGUACGAUCAGCUUGAUCCAUGGAUUGGAUUACGAGACGGUGCACAGGCUAACGGUUACCGUGAUCGCCAGAGACUCGGGGGUGCCGUCCCUGUCCGACAACAUGACCCUGGUGGUAGACGUCCAGGAUAUCAACGACAACCCACCCGUAUUCGAGAGACCACAUUACGCGGCCACCGUCUUGGAAUCAUUGCCAGUCAACUCGCAGAUAGUGCAAGUGACGGCGUUGGACGGCGACAGCGGUAACAACGCUCGGGUCACAUACCGGAUUUCCAGUGGCGACGGCGGUGGGUCGCUGGACGUGCACCCCGGUACCGGAUGGGUGUACGUCAAGGGUCCGCUGGACAGGGAAACGCAGGACACAUACGAGCUGACAGUGGUGGCCGCGGACAACGGGUCGCCGGGACCGCUGGCCGCCACCGUGGUCGUGGUAGUCACCGUGGCCGACGUCAACGACAACGAUCCAGAGUUCGACCGGGAGCACUACGAGUUCCACGUGGAGGAGAACCGUCCGGCUGGCACGGCGUUCGGCGCUGUUUCGGCCGCGGACCGCGACGCCGGCGACAACGCGCUAAUUCGGUACUCACUCAUACCGUCCAACUCGAGUUUCAAUAUCAACCUGUAUUCCGGUGAACUCAGCACCAAAGAGCCGUUGGAUCGGGAAUCCCGGGUUUCGCACGAGGUGAUUGUCGAGGCCAGGGACCAAGACGGCGGGGUCAGGGGUCGCAGCAAGCGCGUAAAGGUCAAGGUGGCCGUGACAGAUGUCAACGACAACGCACCCGUCAUCGUGGACCCGCAACAGGACGUGGUGGCGGUCCGCGAACAGCAACCUCCCGGCGUCGAGGUGGUCACCGUAAAGGCGACCGACCCUGACCAGGGCAACAACGCUACGCUCACGUAUUCCAUACUCAAAGGCCGUGAUUCCGAUGGCAACGGCGAAUUUUUCAUCGACCGCAUCACGGGCGUGAUCAGAACCAAGGUGUCGCUGGACCACGAGGAAAAAUCCAUGUACAGACUUUCGGUGGCGGCGACGGACAACGGACAUCCGCCCAAACAGACGAUUCGCAUGCUCAGGGUCGAGGUGCUCGACUUGAACGACAACCGACCCACGUUCACCAGUUCCAGUCUCGUGUUCCAGGUGAAGGAAGACGCGAUGGUUGGUAGCAUAGCCGGCCGCAUAGCGUGUUCGGAAGGCGCAGGCGCUGCGUCUGCGGGCCGGGGCCAGGUAAAGUACACGCUCCGGCACUCAGACAUCAGCCAGCAAGUGUUCGAUCUAGAUCGGAGCACGGGAGCGCUGAUCGUGGCCGGCCGGGUGGACCGGGAGACGAAGGCGGCGUACGAGAUGGAAGUGCACGCGCUGGACACCGGCGCCAGCACUAACCCACAGAGCAGCUCGGUGUCGGUGCGCGUGGAGGUAUUGGACGUGAACGACAACGCGCCGCGGUGGCCGGACGACCCAGUCGUGGUGACGGUGGCCGAGGACGCGGCCGUCGGCUCGGUGGUGUACAACUUUACGGCCUCGGACGCAGACGCGGACGCCAACGCCGAGUUGCGGUACACGGUCGUGCAGCGCCAUCCUAGGCAGAAUCGCGGGCACGAGACGGCGUUCUCGCUUGACCCGCUGACCGGCAUGUUGACGCUGGUCGAACCGCUCGACUACGAGACGACUCGCGAGUACGUGAUAAUAGUCCGGGCCACUGACCAGGCGGUCAACGUCACCGAGCGGCUAUACGCGGACGUGACGGCCAGGGUAGUGGUGCAGGAUGCCAACGACAACGGGCCGAGGAUCGUGUCACCGACGUUCCGGCGGAUGUACGCCGAUGGGUCAGCCCGGCCGGGUGAUUGGCUGUGCGACGUGGUGGCCGUCGACUUGGACGCCGGCGACAACGGCCGCACAGUGUACACGAUCACCGGUGGCAACGAACAGGGAACGUUUGGCAUCGGAUACGACACUGGUGCACUGAUUUUGGCCCGGGUACCGGACACCGGCAGGAAGCACUCGCUCAACGUGACGGUCGCGGACAGGGGCACGCCAGCCAGGUACGCGUACACCACGCUCGAAGUGACGUUUACCACGAGCGCCGAACAGUCGGUGCAAUUCGCCCAGAAGCUGUACACCGUCAACGUCUCCGAGGACGCGCUCGUCGGCAGUUUUGUCGCCAAUGUCACGGCCAACUCCAACUCCAACCGGAUAUCGUAUAGCAUACCGGAAGGUGUGGCCGACAACUGUUUUCGCGUGGACAAAGACCGGGGAUUAGUGACAUUGCAAAACCGAAUAGACCGGGAGCGGACGUCUCGGUACGUAUUGCCCGUGUACGCAACGGACGAGGUGAAAUCCAGCACGGACGUGGUGUCGCUUGAAGUGAACGUACUGGACGUGGACGACCACAGUCCCAGGUUCAAGCACGACUCAUGUCACACGCUGAUAGUGCCCGAAAACCAAGAACCGUCGGUGAUCCGCACAGUGGCUGCCAUAGAUCCCGACUGGGGAUCCAACGGACAGGUGGUAUAUAGUAUCGUCGGCGGCAAUGGUGCCAAUAAGUUCCACCUGGACCCGAAGACGGGCGAGCUGACGGCCAAGACGCUGGACCGGGAGGUGCAGGCCAAAUACCAGCUGCAGAUAGCGGCGCAGAACCGCGGCAGCACAACGGCCGGCCAUUGCAAUCUGACGGUGAUCGUCGACGACGAGAACGACAACGAUCCGAACUUUGAACAAAGCAAGUACGAAGCGGCCCUGUUGGAAGACGUGCCGCCCGGCACCAAGGUGCUGACGGCCAAGGCGCACGAUGCGGACGUGGGUGUGAACGCUAAGAUAACGUAUUCGCUGUCCAAUCAGACAGAAAACGUUUUCCAGAUCGACAACAAAACCGGAAUCAUCACCACCGUGGAAAAUCUCGACCGAGAACGGCAACCCAACUAUUGGCUGCAAGUUGUAGCCAGGGACGGUGGUAAGUACAAUCCGCGGUCAUCCACUACGCUCGUGUAUGUCAAAGUGCUGGAUGUCAACGACAACGUGCCGGUGUUCACGAAAUAUCCGUUCACCGCGGAAAUACCGUCACACGUACAGCCCGGAAUGGACAUUGUCCGGGUGUCGACGGUCGACAAGGAUGAAGGUUCCAAUGCCGAUGUCUUGUAUUCAUUCAAGGAAAACCAAGAGGCUGCCAACCGGUUCCGGAUCAACCCCAACACGGGUGUGGUGACAGCGUCAUCGAGUCUGGCCUCGGACAACGGUCAAGUGUUCCAUUUGGAAGUGACGGCUACCGACAAAGGAAACCCACCGCAAAGCUCGUCGGGCCUAUUAGAGUUAAAGAUUGGUGAUAACUUUGAUCGGAUCCCCGUCAUGCGGUUCAAGAACUCCACCUAUCACGUAACAAUACCGGAAAAUUUGGAACAACACAAAGAAGUGCUCGAGAUUUCGGCUUAUCGCAGCGACGGUCGGAAACAGAAAGUGUUCUACAAGUUGGCCCCGGUCAACAACGAGAACGGGCUGUUCUACAUUGACGAAGAAACGGGUGUAAUACGCGUUGGCCGAUCAGAGGGUCUGGAUUACGAAACGUACAAGGCGGGCGUACACUUAGUGGCCAUCGCGCAGACCGACGCCCCUGCGUCGGUGUUCAUGUGGGGAUACGCCGACGUCCGGAUACACCUGUCCGAUCAAAAUGACAACAGCCCGGUAUUCGCGCAAAAGGAGUACACGGCUACAGUGGCCGAGGGCAACUCCAAGGGCGCGUUCGUCGUGAGGGUGGCGGCUGUCGAUCUGGACGACAACGAGAACUCGAGGCUGUCGUAUCACCUGGUGGACGGCAACCACGACAACGCUUUCGUCAUUGACCCGACCGACUCCGGCAUAGUCAAGACCAACAUCGUGUUGGACAGUGAGAUCAGAGACACCUACAAGCUGACCGUCAUCGCGACCGACGAGGGCACGCCUCAGAUGACCGGCAUGGCCACCAUCCGCGUGAUAGUUAUCGACAUCAACGACAACCGGCCGUCAUUCCCACCGCGAGCCGCCAUUAACGUCAAAGAAGGUCUGGAAGUAGGAAGCAUGAUAACUACGGUAGUCGCUAACGACGUUGACACUUACCCCACGCUGACCUAUUCUUGGGCGCCGUCAGUGGGACCGGUGGAUCGGAAGCUUUUCGCAUUGGACAGAUACAGCGGCCGUGUGUCGUUAAUUGGAAGUCUGGACUACGAACAGACACGGACGUAUCGCUUGGGAGUAGUCGUGUCCGACUCGGAACACUCGGCGUCCACAGAACUGACCGUUGUGGUAACCGACGACAACGACAACUCUCCAGUAUUCGACCGUCCUUAUUAUACGUUCACGAUGACAGAAAACGUUUACGGCGAAUCGUCAAUGCAAGUGCUCGCGAAGGAUUUGGAUUCUGGGCUGAACGGACAGAUCAAAUACGGUUUGGUGAACGACUUGAACGGAUUCAGGAUCGACCAGCAGACCGGCGUCAUCACUGCGAACCGAUUGAAGUUCGAUCAAAAGUUUCUGCAAAAGGGCUUUGUCGAUUUGUUAGUAUCGGCCACCGACUUAGGAACUCCUCCACUUUCCACUGUUGUUGCGGUUCGCGCUAACAUACAAAAUACGGUGCAUUCGAACACGGUGAAAUUUGCACAAAACGAAUUCAGAAUAUCGGUUCGAGAGGACAUUGUUUUGGGAGAAUCAUUUUUGAAAUUGUUGCCCAGCUACUCGACGGAUAGUUCGGCACAGUUUAAAAUCAUCGAAGGCGACGACGAGAAAAAUUUCGACCUUGUGAGUCCGACAGGCGAGCUUUUCGUAAAAAAACACCUGGACCGGGAAACACGCGAUAUAUAUUCGCUCAAGAUCACAGACAGCGUCAACAGUUCUUACGUGUUUGUCCACGUGAUUGUCGACGACGCCAACGACAACGCGCCUCAGUUCACGGCGAAUGAACAACAAAGUCUUCUGUCUUUGCCGGAGAACACGCCCGUUGGACACUCGAUCGUCCGGAUGAUCGCUAGCGAUUCAGAUACGCCUCCAAACUCGGACGUUUCCUAUGAGAUAACUUCGGGCAACAGCAAGAAUUACUUUGACAUCGACCGGAACACCGGUGACGUUUUCGUGAAGUCCGUGUUGGAUUGCGACUUGGACGUGUCUGAACACAAUCUAGUGGUUAAAGCCCAGGAUGGUGCGAAAUCGCCGGACCGGCAGCUGGCCACGGUAAAGUUGCUCAAGAUACGGCUGGAAGACGUCAACGACAACACUCCGAGAUUCCCCGUCUCGGAGUACUUGGAGUUUGUGGGUGAAAACGAACCGGUUGGCGCGCUGGUGUUCACAGCCAAGGCAACGGACGCAGAUCGCGGCCUUUACGGACAACUCAACUAUUCAAUCGCGUCGUCGGCCAGCUAUUCGGGUGCGGACGAUUCGUGGAAAAUGUUCAAAAUCGACGCGUCGUCAGGCCUGGUGACCACCAACGCUGUGUUCGACUACGAGGCGAGGAGCAAGUACACGUUUACGAUAAUCGCUAGCGACGCUGGGGACAAGAACACUAAGGUCAGAGUGAAGAUCGAAAUCGAGGGCAAGGACGAGUUCGCGCCGCAGUUCAUCGAGCGGACUUUCAAGUUUAUGGUGAACACUGUCGACUUACCCGUGGGCUACGUUAUCGGACACGUAUCGGCCACCGACCGGGACAAAGGACCUGAGGGACGGGUCGUGUACCACCUAACCACGCAGAACGCAUACUUCAAGGUGAACCGGACGACGGGGGCGAUAAUCGUGAAGAAGAAGAUCGACGGCAACUUUGACGCGGCGCAGGAUAUAAGCCUCGUGGUGACGGCCAGCUCGGGCAAACAAGGGUCACUGACCAACGUGAGCGUGGUCGAGAUAUCGUUCGACCCACUCUCCCAGCCCGGUUUGAACCUGGCUAGCAGUAGUUCGUCCGGCAGCGGUGUCGUUAGUGGUGGCAACGGUCAAAACGCAGGAGGCGCUUCCGGUGGAAGCCCGGUGGAUUGGAUCAUCGGCAUCCUGUCGGUGGUAUUGCUGAUCGUCCUACUUCUCGGUGGCAUCAUGUUCUACUUUCACCUCAAGAACAAGCAGCACCGAAACAUCAACAAACCUGAGCUGAGCGGACACCAGCGGACCGAUAACACAUACGUGGACCCCGGCGCGUUCGACACGAUACCCAUACGUGGCGUGGGUGGCCAGCAAGUAGUCGGCCAGUUCGCACCACCCAAGUACGACGAGAUACCAACGUACCGGAAUAACAGCAGCACCACCAAUUCCGGGGCGGCCACCACAUCGGAUCUGUCGGGAUCGGAGAAGUCGGGUUCCAGCGGCCGGGGGUCGGCGGAGGACGAUGUGGAGGACGAGGAGAUCCGGAUGAUCAACGAGAGGCAAAACGCGGAUGAACUGUCCGAGGUGACGGCUGCACGCAACACGCAAGAGUACCUGGCCCGCCUGGGCAUCGUGGACACUCAGACAGUUGUGCAACAGGUACCACCACACCUGCCUGAGGAAAACCGACGACUAUCGUCGUCCAGGCGCCACCGUAGGCCGAUGGAGAACAUCGACAUGUACGACGAGGACGAGGCCACCGACGGCGACAUAACCAACAUGAUUUACGCCAAACUCAGCGACGUGGGCAGCGAACGGGGCGGCGGUGGCCCUGGCGCCGGCGUGGUAGGUGAAGAUGAUGGUGGCGGUGGCGGCGGAGGCAGUGGCGGCGGUGGCAAGUCGUCAAACAGCACCGUCUACUCGGGCUCGAAAGUCCCGCCACCACAGCCGUCCAUGGUCGGGUCGCUCAGCUCGAUCGUGCACAGCGAAGAGGAGUUGACCGGCAGCUACAACUGGGACUACCUGUUGGACUGGGGCCCGCAGUAUCAGCCACUGGCGCACGUGUUCAACGAAAUCGCCCGGCUCAAGGACGACGCCAACUCGGUAAAGAGCUCCAACAGCGGCGCUGCGUCCACGAGUGGAGGUAGCGGCGGCGGAGUCGGUGGCGGCGUCAAAAACCCUUCCGGCAGCAAGAAAUCCAACGUUCCUAACCAACAGCAGCAGCACAUGCAGCAAAAGAGCGCGCCGCCCCCGCCCCCGCCACUGUUGACCAACAUGGCGCCCAGGGCACUGUCCUCGUCGCGACAGUCUGGCGCCUCGCAACAGCACCACCACCACCACCACAACCAUCACCACCAGGCUGUGCCGCCGCCCAUGCUGCUCGUGCCCCGGUCACCGAUCAGUCACGAGACCAACCCGGGCUUCAGCCAAUCGGUGGCCAUGUCGCCGUCCUUCUCGCCGUCCCUGUCGCCACUGGCCAACCGGUCGCCGUCCAUAUCGCCGCUCCACUCGGCCGCCUCCACGUCGGCCCGGCAGAGGCAUCAUCAAGCGUCGGCGGAGGCCGAACUCAGGCUGUGAUAGUGAUAGUAUAACGAUGACGGUGGUGGACGACAUUCGCCGUCCAAACUGCCACGGCCGUCCAAAGGGUGCGGGUCUUGUGCGCGUGCGCGACGCGACGAGUGAAACACAAACACGAUAAUAGUCCAAUUAUAAAAUAUAUUUUGCUCGCGACGUUUUAUAAUACUACAUAUACAAUUACCUUUAGUACGUAUUAAUGUAUUAUUAUAGCCGUCGAAAUCGCGUCGUGGUCGUCGCGGUACAUGCACCCUUUCGGCGGCUGUUGCGUUUUGCGCCUCGAUUUACCAUGUAAUUUAAUAGAUUAAUUUAUAAAUAGUUAUUAGGCUAAUAUUAUAAUAAUUUACGUGUAUAUGUAUUAAUAUAUUAUAUUAUAUUCUCGAAACGGCGAUAUAAUCAAAGGUAACGUUUUUUUUUUUUUUUUAUAACGAAAUUGUGAUAAUUAUGAAUUUUUUAUAUAAUAUAUAUAUACCGAUAUAUUAUAAUGACAUACACGCGUGUACAUAUAUAUACCAGAUGAAAUGAUGGUAUUAAAAGUUUAUAAUGUUUAGUGAACAAUAUUAUCCCCGAAUCUAGCCGAUUCAAGGAUAUACAAUAGUAUAUUAUAAUAUAUAGGAAGUCGGACGAAGAGCAUUGCCAUACUUAAAAACGAAAAUCAAAUUUCAAUAACCGUGCAAUCGUCAGUCAUAAAUAUGUAUAAUGUAGUUUGCUCACUUUUUUUUCUAUACACGUCUCAUAUUAUUAUUGUAUCAUUAUAUUGUGGACAAUAUGCAUUGUGUAUAAAUUAUUAUUUUUAUAUAAAAACAAACAUCAUAAUAUUGUGUACUAACUAUUUGUGUAUUGUGACGAAUCAUAUUAUAUAACUAUACUACCUAAACGUAUAUAUAUAUUUCUGUAAAUAAUUUUAUAUAAAUCGUGUAAAAAAAUAUAUCAGAACGACUGUAUAGUAUAUUUACUGAAACCGUUGGACUUUCGAAAACCACAAGUAGGUACACAACCUUUCCUAUGUACCUCGCGCGGUCCGAUCGGUGUCGACGGUUUUCAGCUAUAGAAUGAUGUGUAUUUUGUACUGUAUAUAUUUUUUAUAUAAUAUUAUAUUAUAAUUAUGAUGUAAUUUCGUGUUAUCAUUAAUAAAUAAAAAAUAUUUA